AUGACAACAACAACCAGCAAAGUAGUAGUAGCCUCGCGGCUCUUGGCUCUGGCGGCGCUUCUGGCUCCGCACGGAGCUGUGGCCAAGAAUUGUACCAUUGAUUGUCUUCACGACACUACAUGCACCCGCGGGGUGGCCAACUUCUCGUGGCAUCCAGUGGAUCCUUCCACGGGCGACAACUUUGACUUUAGCAAAGAAAUUGAACGGGAUGGAUGGCAUUGCGCAUGUCCUCCUGGACUGACGGGGUUGCGAUGCGGCCGCAAAUAUGAAUCUUGUAACGACGGAACCCAUACUUGCUUCAAUGGAGGACAAUGCAUUGAUACCUUGAAGGAUAUCUAUCAGAAUGAUCAGCAAUACUGUGAUUGUCCUUCCUCUGUGGACACCAACGGCAACACGAAAAGAUUCUCUGGCAAAUAUUGUGAAGUCGAGGUAACAACACAGCACACGCGCUGCACGGAAGACAACAAUAUCUGUCAGAAUGGAGGAACCUGCAAGUCCACCGUGGAUGAGAUUGACCCCUGUGACUGUCCCGAGAACUAUGUUGGACGCAUGUGCGAAUUCUAUGAACCAGCUGUCCCCACAUGCAAUCUGCAAUGCCAACAUGGUGGUUCGUGCCGAUACGGAACCAAGGAAGAAAAUCACACCCUUGUCUUGAAUGAACAAAAGGGCAAAGAACAGCACAAUAUCCAUGUGGUUCACGAGAACUUUAUGUACUGUGAGUGCCCUCACGGAUUCAUGGGUGUCCAUUGCGAAACGGAAGAAACCUUGUGUGGUGCCAUCAAGUGCAAACACGGAUCUGCCUGUGUCGCGGUGGAGAACAAGGAUACAGGAGAAACCACACACCACUGCGAUUGCUGGCAUAUCAACAAACAAAAGAUGGAAAAGGGAGAGAACGUGCAAUUUGCUGGACGCCACUGUGAAAUUAAGAGCACCAGUGUUUGCCACUAUGAUGAUGACGAUAAGCAAACUACAUUCUGCACACACAAUGGCACCUGUCCAGAGGAAUCCCACGAACAUUGUGGCUGCGGCGCUGACUUUCAUGGUGCGCAUUGCCAGUUCCGAGAUGCUAUGAAUAUCCAGAAUCCAGCCGCUGUCAGUCACAAUGUUUGCAAGCUUCAGUGCAAGAAUGGCGGACAUUGCCGAAAGGGCACAAACCAUGAUUCUCACCUCAAGCAGCUGAUGGAAAAGUAUGGCUCGGAAUUGGGUGCUGUGGGCCUGAAUAUUUCGUACAACAAGGAUUUUGAGCACUGUGCUUGCCCCAAAGGCUUUGUUGGCAUUGAAUGCGAAUACUCCAUGACAUCGUGCGGAGAAAAUGGAGAGGAUCAUCCUUGCUUCCACGGCUCGACAUGCACCAUGGUCAACGGUGUUCCCACCUGCGUUUGUUCAGAGGCAGAAACGCAUGCAGCAGGAAUCUACUGCCAGCAUCUGGCAAACGAUGUUUGCUCGAUCAAAGACAACCUGAACUUUUCGCCAUCAAAGCAGGGAAACCGAGGGUUCUGCGUCAAUGGCGGCGUCUGUGUCACCAGCAAGGACGGUGAGGCUGCCUGCAGGUGCCACUCAAACUUUGAAGGUCCUCAUUGUGAGUAUUCAAAGAAUUCAACUGAAAACGAACCUCACAAAGUCAUCAGCAACAAAGAAGCGAACAACAUCCCAGUGGCGGCAUCAUCUUCUGGACUCACGGGAGGAGCCAAGUUCGGCAUCGUCGUUGCAGUGUUUUUGUGUUUGGGGGCCAUUGCCGCUGGGGUUGUGGUCUACCGCAGGAAGCGAGUAGUGACAGAAGAAGCCCCUCCUGUGUACCCUGAUUUGGACAACUCGCUCGCCCUGGACGACCAAAGUCUACGGGCAGCUCCAGUCGUUGAAGGGCCAGAAGGGACCCCAGCACUGGACUUUGGCCCGCCAGUUGACCUUGACGGCAACGAACUGAAGAACGUUGAGUUGCUUUAG